UUGUCGUUGUCUCCACUAAGAAUCAAUUUUUUGUGUAAGUGGAAUCAACGCCAUUAUCAUCAUUUUCAUGGCAUUAACACACUUCCAUUUCCACCACCUCCAUUUUCUGACGAAAUAACCAACCAACCAACCAUGCUCACUUCACCUUUACUCUCCGUCUGUAACCACACCUUUUCCUACAACCCCAUCAACUACCAUCACCUCCCACCUUUAAAGUUUCAAUCUUUAGCUUUAGGAAGAUACGGAAGAGCUGAAUUUUCAUCUGGGUCAUGCCCUAAUGAUCGUAGAAGAAAAAGGGUGUUGGUGAAAGGGAGUGUGAAGUUGGAGGAAGGAGCUGUGGAAAGUGGGAAGAAAGUGAAUUGGGGUGAAGGGUUUGAUGCAAUUGUUAUUGGGUCUGGGAUUGGUGGGUUGGUUGCUGGGACUCAGUUGGCUGUGAAAGGUGCUAGAGUUUUGGUUUUGGAGAAGUAUGUUAUUCCCGGUGGAAGCUCUGGGUUUUAUCAAAGGGAUGGUUAUACUUUUGAUGUUGGCUCUUCUGUCAUGUUUGGUUUCAGUGAUAAGGGUAAUCUCAAUUUGAUAACACAAGCAUUGGAGGCAGUUGGCUGUCGGAUGGAAGUAAUACCUGAUCCAACCACUGUUCAUUUCCAUCUACCCAACCACCUCUCAGUUCGAGUGCAUAAAGAAUAUGAUAAGUUUAUCGAAGAAUUGACCAAUUAUUUUCCCCAUGAAAAGGAUGGCAUCCUCAAAUUCUAUGGCGAAUGCUGGAAGAUUUUCAAUGCCUUGAAUUCGUUGGAGUUGAAGUCGCUAGAGGAGCCACUCUACCUUUUCGGACAGUUUUUUCAGAAGCCGCUCGAAUGCUUGACAUUAGCCUAUUACUUACCACAAAAUGCUGGAGCGAUAGCCCGAAAGUAUAUUCAGGAUCCACAGUUGUUGUCUUUCAUAGAUGCAGAGUGUUUUAUAGUGAGCACUGUCAACGCUUUGCAGACUCCAAUGAUCAAUGCAAGCAUGGUUCUUUGUGACAGACACUUUGGUGGGAUUAACUAUCCUGUUGGGGGUGUUGGUGGCAUUGCAAAGUCGUUGGCAAAAGGUCUAAUUGAUCAGGGUAGUCAGAUACUUUACAAGGCAAAUGUCACGAGUAUUAUCACCGAGCAGGGCAAAGCAGUAGGAGUGAGGCUUUCCGAUGGCAGAGAGUUCUUUGCCAAAACUAUAAUAUCAAAUGCUACCAGAUGGGACACAUUUGGAAAGUUAAUAAAAGAAGAAUCACUUCCAAAAGAGGAAGAGAACUUCCAGAAAGUUUAUGUUAAAGCUCCAUCUUUUCUUUCAAUCCACAUGGGGGUUAAAGCAGAAGUUUUGCCACUAGAUACAGAUUGUCACCAUUUUGUGCUUGAGGACAAUUGGACCAAAUUGGAAGAACCUUACGGAAGUAUCUUUUUGAGUAUACCAACUAUACUCGAUUCUUCAUUAGCUCCUGAAGGUCGUCACAUCCUUCAUAUAUUCACAACUUCUUCCAUGGACGACUGGAAGGGUCUCUCGAGAAUUGAAUACGAGGCAAAGAAACAGGUGGUAGCAGAUGAAAUCAUAAGCAGAUUAGAGAAGAAUUUGUUUCCAGGUCUUAAAUCAUCUAUCGAAUUUAUAGAGGUAGGGACACCAAAGACACAUCGACGAUAUCUAGCUCGUGACGAGGGUACUUAUGGACCAAUGCCACGCAGCAUUCCGAAGGGGUUAUUAGGAAUGCCGUUUAACACGACAAGCAUAGACGGUCUUUACUGUGUUGGAGACAGUUGCUUCCCUGGCCAAGGUGUUAUUGCUGUAGCUUUCUCAGGAGUUAUGUGUGCUCAUCGAGUAGCUGCAGAUAUUGGGUUGGAGAAAAAGUCACCUGUUUUAGACGCCAUGCUGCUUCGGUUGCUCGGUUGGUUCAGGACACUGGCAUGAGUUUUAUGAUUUGUUUGAUCCGCGAGUCUAUGUAUUAUCAUGUAUAACACUACCAUUUUUUUUAUAGUUUCUUUAUUUUUUGUCGAAGGAUGAAACCAGAUUCCUCAUCUUUACAGUUAUUUUAGGGCAUCCGAUCAAACAACUUACAUUCUGAGAUGUAUUUUAAAGCAAAUUUUGUGAAGUUGGACCCAUCGCAAUUCAGCGGCCAAGAUUGCUUAGCUGCGUCAGUUGCGUGGUUCUAUAAGUGCAAAAGAAUCCAAAAGUAAGGAGUGAGGGGUUGUGAAGUGUAAAAUGUAAAUGAUCUCUGUAUGUUCAGUUUUCUUUUAUCCCAACAGAUUUAUACUUAUACAAGAUAUUCUUGCUGUAA